AUGGACUCAUCAUCAUCAUCAUCAUCAUCAUCAUCAUCAUCAUCAUCAUCAUCAUCAUCAUCAUCAUCAUCAUCAUCAUCAUCAUCAUCAUCAUCAUCAUCAUCAUCAUCAUCAUCAUCAUCAUCAUCAUCAUCAUCAUCAUCAUCAUCAUCAUCAUCAUCAUCAUCAUCAUCAUCAUCAUCAUCAUCAUCAUCAUCAUCAUCAUCAUCAUCAUCAUCAUCAUCAUCAUCAUCAUCAUCAUCAUCAUCAUCAUCAUCAUCAUCAUCAUCAUCAUCAUCAUCAUCAUCAUCAUCAUCAUCAUCAUCAUCAUCAUCAUCAUCAUCAUCAUCAUCAUCAUCAUCAUCAUCAUCAUCAUCAUCAUCAUCAUCAUCAUCAUCAUCAUCAUCAUCAUCAUCAUCAUCAUCAUCAUCAUCAUCAUCAUCAUCAUCAUCAUCAUCAUCAUCAUCAUCAUCAUCAUCAUCAUCAUCAUCAUCAUCAUCAUCAUCAUCAUCAUCAUCAUCAUCAUCAUCAUCAUCAUCAUCAUCAUCAUCAUCAUCAUCAUCAUCAUCAUCAUCAUCAUCAUCAUCAUCAUCAUCAUCAUCAUCAUCAUCAUCAUCAUCAUCAUCAUCAUCAUCAUCAUCAUCAUCAUCAUCAUCAUCAUCAUCAUCAUCAUCAUCAUCAUCAUCAUCAUCAUCAUCAUCAUCAUCAUCAUCAUCAUCAUCAUCAUCAUCAUCAUCAUCAUCAUCAUCAUCAUCAUCAUCAUCAUCAUCAUCAUCAUCAUUUAGUUUUUACAAUUUGUUAUCGUGUUUUUAUUUUAUCCUUCAUGCUCAUCAAUCUUUUCAGUAUAAUUGA